GGCGGGCGCGCGGUGGCUCCUCCGGGCCGGCAGGCGGCGCUGCGGUGCGGCCGAGCCGGGUUCCGCGUCCGCCAUGGCGCCCGGCUCGGCGUGGCCGCGGCUUCUCGGCGCGGGCGUCCGGCCCGCGGCGCUGCGGCUGCGUCCCCUCCCGGGCCGCGGGACACACGCGGGCGCCGCGACCCCCGCGCUGCACGCGGCCCCGGACGAUGACGCCCCGGGCCUACGGAUCCUCCGCGAGCCGCUGCAGCACGCCGACUUCUUCAACGUGAAGGAGCUCUUCUCCGUGCGGAGCCUCUUCGACGCGCGCGUGCACCUGGGCCACAAGGCCGGCUGCAGGCACAGGUUCAUGGAACCCUACAUUUUUGGGAGCCGCCUGGGGCAGGACAUCAUCGACCUGGAGCAGACGGCCGCCCACCUGCAGCUGGCCCUGAACUUCACGGCGCAUGUGGCCUACCGCCAGGGCAUCAUCCUGUUCGUGGGCCGCAACCGGCAGUUCAGCCACCUGAUCGAGAGGACGGCCCGGGACUGCGGGGAAUACGCGCACACGCGCUACUUCAAGGGCGGUCUGCUGACCAACGCGCCCCUGCUCCUGGGCCCGGGGGUGCGCCUGCCUGACCUCAUCAUCUUCCUCAACACUCUCAACAACGUCUUCGAGUCGCACGUGGCCGUGAGAGACGCAGCCAAGAUGAGCAUCCCCACGGUGGGCAUCGUGGACACCAACUGCAACCCCUGCCUCAUCACCUACCCGGUGCCCGGCAACGACGACUCGCCCCCCGCCGUGAGCCUCUUCUGUAGGCUCUUCCGCACCGUCAUCCUCCGCGCCAAGGAGAAGCGGAAGCAAGUGGAGGCGCUCUACCGACUGCAGGGUGCCGCGGCCGCCGGGGACUCGGACCCGGCCCCUGGGUCUGCCCACUCUCCUUCCCAAUAAAUGCCGCCGA